AUGUCCUCGCGGGACCUGCUGCAGCGGCGGACCACGGACGCCGGGGGCCGCACGUCCUGGGUGGACUCGCCCCUGGUGCGCGCGGCGCGCAGCGGUGCCGUCUGCAUACUGGACGGCAUGCACCGCCUGCGCGGCGACGUGCUCUGCGCUCUGGCGCCCCUGCUGCAGGACCGGCAGGCGAGCCUCUCCGUGGCGAACGACCCUCUGGGCGCCGAGGCGGAGCUGCUCUUGCGGCAGGACCGGUACGAGGCCCUGCGGCACCGCCUGAGCGACGCGGGGAGCUACGACGAGCAGUCCAACUGCCGCGUCGCCCCAAUCCACCCCUCCUUCCGGGUGCUGGCGCUGGCGGAGCUCCCCACGGCUCGGGCGCCCUGGCUGACCGAGGAGCUCUCGACCUGCUUCUCGCACCACGCCUACCCAGAGCUCGAGCCGGGCGACGUCGUCCGCGUCCUCGCGUCCCUGUUCCCGAG